CGCGAGCCAGACGACACUGAGGAGAGAGUCUCGAAAGAAGCGCGGAAACUGGUGUAAGUUUCGAUGAUUUGAAAGCUUCAACAAGUUUUGGUCGAUUGAGUUCCUGGUUGCUCCCAACAUGGCCUACAACUUGAGGCCCAGGUCUGGCGUCCAAGUAGAGACCCUGGGCCCCAUGGACAGAGAGGAAUCUGCCAAGACUUCACUGAAAGAGAAGAAGGCCUGGUCUGAUUCUAGUCUCCUUAUCCUGUUGGUGCUCUAUCGAUGGUUGAAUGCAGGAUUGGUCCAGACCUCAUUUGUUCCUGAUGAAUAUUGGCAAUCGCUGGAAGUGGCCCACAAGGUUGUCUUUGGAUAUGGGUAUCUAACAUGGGAAUGGCAAACCGGUCUGAGGGGCUAUGCCUAUCCUACCAUCUUUGUUAUUCUCUACAAGAUACUUGCUAUCCUGAAGCUAGACUAUCCAAUGGUAUUGAUUCUAGCUCCUUGUGUAUUACAAGCUACUCUGUCAGCAAUAGGGGAUUUCUGCCUGUACAAGACAUCAGUCAUCCUACAUGGAAAAGACGUAGCGAGGUGGACUCUUUUAAUGAAUUUGUCUUCCUGGUUUGUGUUUUACAAUGCAACUCGUACAUUAACCAAUACAAUGGAAAGCAUCCUGACCUCCGUAGGCCUAUUCUUCUUCCCUUGGCCUAAGGAUUGGCUGCAUGAUGACAAUGAAAAACAAGAAAGGAACCCACAGGUGUAUAUUAUGGUUGUUGCCUUGGCUUGUCUGGUGAGACCGACCGCUGCUAUACUUUGGUUUCCCCUGUGUCUAUGGCAUAUCAACUUCAGCCGUGUAUCAAUGGACAGUUUAGGAUUCACAAGUUUUCAUCUUAUCAGCAUAAUUGUUGCCGCACUGGAGGUCAUUAGAGUGGCAUUGACACUGUUCCUUCCGGUAGGAUUGGUAACAAUAUUUGCAUCUCUUCUUCUAGACAGAUUAUUUUAUGGUAAUUUUGUGUUUGUUCAGAAGAAUUUUAUCGAAUUCAACUUUCUUCAUGAUUUGGGGGCAUUUUACGGAACCCACCCUUGGCAUUGGUACUUCUCACAGGGCUUUCCAGUUGUCAUGGCAACCCAUAUACCGAGCUUUCUUUUGGGUGCCAAGAUAGGCUACGAGAAGAAUAGUCUGCUGCUGUGGGCAGUGUUUUGGACCAUGUGCAUCUACAGUUUUACAAGUCAUAAAGAGUUUCGUUUCAUCCUCCCUAUUGUCCCGAUCUGUAUGCUAUUUUGUGGUCUAUUUAUGGAUGACAUGUUUCGCAGGGGUAAGUCCAAACUCCUUGUACUUUAUCUCCUGUUCAACAUUCCGGCUAUCGUCUACUUUGGACUAGUCCAUCAGAGGGGGGUCUUGGACGUGAUGGGGUAUGUCAGGGAGGUAGCAGCAGACUAUUCUACUGGACAGCACAGAUCUGUCAUGUUUUUGAUGCCUUGCCAUUCAACUCCAUUUUAUAGCCAUGUGCAUACUAAUCUACCAAUGCGCUUUCUGGAAUGCCCACCCAACCUGAACCAAGAAGAGGACUAUGUAGAAGAAUCAUCACUCUUUUAUGACAAUCCAUUGGAAUGGCUCAGGAAAGAAUAUGAAGACCCUACCUCUGUCCCUACUCAUCUGAUCUUGUUUGAUGUCCUCAGACCAAGCAUUGAAGACUUUCUUUCUUUACAUCAUUUCCAAGAGGUUGCUAGUUACUUUCACACACACCUACCAGAGGGCAGAAUGGGCAGUCGGGUCCUGGUCUUCGCUAGAGAUGAAGGUCAAUCGCUUCCAGAAAGAUGACGAUAGGAUCCAUUUCUACACAACUCUUCAAUGCAGUGAUAAGAGCAUGCUCUCUUGUGGAUCCAAGAAGAAAUCUGCAAUGCAUGAUCAUCAGAUGGAAUUCCA